GCUGCUGCCCUCCAGCACCCCCACUCACUGGGAAAGCUCUAGCAGUGUGUGUGUGGUGGGGGGAGGUGGAAGAUAGACAGCGUGGAGUCUCUGAGGAAGCACUCCUCCCCCCACUUCUCCACAAACUGGUGUCUGUGUUUGUGGUAAAGCCAGUGACACGGGGAGGUGCCCUAAAGAGGAGCAGGACCCGGCAAGGUCAGAUUGCGAGGCGGCCAGCCACAUAAAGCGGGGUGUGAAGAGUGCUUCAGCAGCUGCCCCACCAUGACCUCCUGGGCCCUCCUGCUCCUUGCCUCAGUGCUCCUGGCCACCCCGGGGCUGACCUUUUGUGGUCUGACCCCUGAGGACCAUGACCUGGACAUGGCUGACAGGUGUCAGGAUGAGAAGUUCUUCCAGAUGCUGGCCCAGGAGACCCCCCAGGAAGACCGUCCCUUCACCCUAUGUGGUAUCUGUAGGUGUAUUGUCAGCUGGGUGAAGAAUUGCCUGGGCUUCAACCUGAUUCAGAAAGUCAUUGAAAAAGUUGCAGGCCUGUUGUGUUCAGCAUGCCCAUUGGUGGAAAGUAUCUGCAAAGCAUGGAUCACCAGUUUUCUUGAUAAAAUCACCUCUACACUGCUGCAUAUGGAACCUUCCAGGCACAUCUGUGUGUUUCUCGGGAUGUGCUGCCCUUAUUAGGUCUCUGAGCCUCUGGGGUCUCUGACGCCACCCUGGGGAGAAGCACAGAGUCUCCCACAACCACCACCUGCUUCUGCCCUCCCAGAUCCAGAGCCGAUCCUCCAUUGUCUCUCAGCUAACUUCUCAUUGCCUUCCCCUGAGGGAGAAUAAAUGUCAU